GGAAGUGGAGCCCUCUGUCCCUCCCCACUUGCAAAUUCAAUUCUCAGCCACAGAAAGAAGUGGUGAUGAAACCAUCUCUUCUCAUCAUCAUGAACUUGUUAAAGCCAUACCAGACCAUUGGCUCUCAGUCUCUCAGUCACUCACUCCCAUGGCUUCUGCAGCUGCAGCUGCUCCAGCUUCUUCAUUCUCUCUCCUCCGGCUGAGGGCCCGAAACAGUGGCAGCAACCAAAGGGAAGAUCAGCAGCUAUGGAGAACAAGGGCAGUAUGGCAAACAACAAGAAGAAGAGGAAGAAAAACAAGGCAUAGUAGUUUGGGAGUAUUUGCGUCGGCGGUGCAAGGGUCAGAAGGAGGGAGACAAAGGGCACCUCCAGGCGUUGAUACAAGAAUUCAUUGGGAGAAUGAAGAUGAAGGCUGGAUUGGAGGAAGUAACUCACAAUCAACAGCAGCAGAAGAGGACCAGAGCAGUCUCUUGGGUGAAAAGUUUUCUGAAUUGCUUAACAGUUCAUCUGAUUCCCAUUAUCAGUUCUUAGGAGUAGCAGUAGAUGCAGACGUGGAAGAGAUAAAAGCAGCUUACCGUAGAUUAUCAAAAGAGUACCAUCCAGACACAACAUCGCUGCCGCUGAAAGUAGCCUCGGACAAGUUCAUGAAACUCAGAGAAGUGUAUGAUGUUUUGAGCCAUGAACAGAAACGCAACUUCUAUGACUGGACACUGGCUCAGGAAGCUGCUAGCCGGCAAGCUGAGAAGAUGAGAAUGAAGUUGGAGGAUCCAUAUAUGAAAGAAAUAGAGAACUAUGAAUCAGUCCCAGAUUUGGUGGAUCAGCUCGGAGGUAGGAACUUGAAGCUGAGUGAUCAGGCUAUGACGGCUCUUACCUUUGAUGUUCUCAUCAUAGUUUUCGCUAUUUGUUGCAUCAUUUAUGUGAUUUUCUUCAAGGAACCAUAUUAAUAGCUAGCUAAUAAAGACACUUGUAUAGUUAAUGAAAUUGAAUCGCUACAGUUUAAUUUUGGAAAAUGUUAUACGAAGUAUCCGAUUUUCUUACCA